CGGAAGUCGAUGUUCAUCAGGAAGUGAAGUGUGACAGCUCAGUUGGUAAAGUGUGUGGACCUUUGAUCGGUUCUUCAAUUUAUUAGCCUUUAUUCGUCAUCAUGUCCGCGAGGAACCCCGGAAUUCCACUUGAUCUGCAGUGGGUGUCAAAGGUAAAGGUUAACACUCAGGCCGUCCUGAAGAGGGCUCAGCACAUCCAGGGACUGAAGACGCCCAAGAAACAGUGGCAGGCGGCGUGGCUCCUGAAGGCGGUCACAUGUAUCGACCUGACCACUCUGGCGGGGGAUGACACGCCGUCUAACGUCCACCGUCUGUGCCUGAAAGCUAUCCAACCAAUCAGAUUCGACCUGCUGAAGAGCAUGGACAUGCACGACAAAGGUAUAACCACGGCGGCAGUGUGUGUGUAUCCUGCUCGUGUUGCUGAUGCUGCUAAAUCCCUUAAAGAUGCUAACUCCAGUUUACCUGUGGCCUCAGUGGCGACUGGUUUCCCUGCAGGUCAGACCCCGUUGGAGACCCGCCUACAAGAAGUUCGCCUGGCCGUGUCUGAUGGAGCAACAGAGAUCGACAUUGUCAUCAAUCGAACACUCGCCAUCACAGGCCAAUGGGAGGCUCUGUAUGAUGAGAUCCGUCAGUUCCGUUCGGCGUGUGGAGACGCUCACAUGAAGACCAUCCUCGCCAUUGGAGAGCUCGGCACCUUCACUAACGUCUACAAGGCCAGCUUGGUCGCCAUGAUGGCUGGUUCAGACUUCAUCAAAACGUCCACAGGUAAAGAAACUGUCAACGCCACCCACCCAGUCGCCAUUGUGAUGGUGAGAGCCAUCAGGGACUACUUCCUGUCUACAGGACAUAAGAUCGGAUUUAAACCAGCGGGGGGGAUCAGGACGGCCCAGGAGUCCCUGCUGUGGCUCGCUCUCAUUAAGGAGGAGCUAGGAGACGAAUGGCUCCACCCACACCUGUUCCGCAUCGGAGCCAGCAGCCUAUUGGCUGACAUCGAGCGCCAGAUCUACCAUCAUGUAACCGGACAGUAUGCAGCCUAUCAUGAGCUGCCCAUGGCCUGAUCAUGUGACUUCCUGUUUGCUGACCUCAUGGAUGUUCUGAAGGCUCGUUGAUGCUCCUUUAUGUUUGAAAAUUGACCUGAAACACUUAAACGGUUAAACCACCACUGCCCUCAGACUCACACGUAACAUCUACAUAAACAAAUCCACCUACUAGAGGGCGUGGUCUCUCUCUAACCUCCUCUCCUUCUCAGGCGUCCAGCUGACCUUCAGUCCAGUAGGUAGAGCUGGACACUGGGAUGAGAGAGUGGAGAAUGACAUGGGGUGAAAGAGCCACAGGCUGGACUUGAACCCAAGCCACUGGGACGUGACCUCGCCACAAGGCCAUCUCCUCCUUAAGUGUUCCUCUUCUUGAGCUUGAUCUGAUCCACACUGCUACCAUGGGUCAUGUUGAUAUUAAAACAUUUGGUCUGGAUCUGUCAACAAAUACACUGGUGAAAUAAACAGCAUAUGGUCAGAAGGCUGUAUGUAUCACUAAGCAUCAAGGAUCAACAGAGUGUUUUCAUUCCAGCAUAAACACACUGAUGGUGUGUGUAUGAACACACACCAUCAGUGUGUUGUUGUUAUUGUUGUGAUGGAGAAGUGUGACUGAGAGAAGAACCAACUGACUGAGAGUAAAUGUAAAAUAAUAAAGAUUUAAUCAAAUAAACACUUGAAAAACAA